AUGGAGGCCAGAACAAGCCCUUCCAGAAAGAGGCAACGCGCUCCGCCCCGUAAGAAGGCCUGCAGUAACUGCACGAGAUCCAAAGUCCGCUGCGAUUUCGAGAGACCGGCCUGUUCACGAUGUCGUUCACGAGGUCAGAACUGCGAGUAUCUUGUCAACGUGGGAGUGAACGCGCCAGUCCAUUUUCCUUUCAGUGCAAUCACGAGCGCUCAGAACCAGCCACAAACAAGACCGGAGCAGCACAAAGAGACUAAGACUGAGCUUGACCUGCGAGUAGUCUACUUGGCACCUAGUGCUAAUGCCGGGGAUAUUCGGGACCGCUGGCUGAGGCCUUACAUCCUACCUCUUACAGAAGGUGAAGAGAUCCCCAAGGCAUAUCAUCCAUUCACUCUGCAGUACAUCGCACGGAUAUUAUGUACUUAUCCUCGUCGUAUGCUCAAAGAUGGUGGUCUUCCGCCUAUCAUCCACAGCGUGCAGAUAGCAGGAAAGGAAAUGCCACGUGCACUCGCAAACUGCUAUAGCUUGGUGCGGAUGUGGGAGCAGGCGGUGCCAGGGAGCGAGGCAAUGGCGGUCAGUAUAGUAGAAAACGAGAUGCGACGGUUGGCUGAAGAGCCCCCGAGUCAUCAUGACUACGAACAUCUCGCGACAUUCCAGGCAUAUCUGAUCUACUCGAUUAUGAUGUACUUCACUCCCAUCGGUGGUCCCUCCGUCGUGAAUGACCAGGUUAUGAUGACUCUCAUGGAAUUGGCAUUCCGUACUGCACGGAAUGGUCUCUUCUGCACCGCUGAACUCUCUCGAUCACGACCGAAUUGGGAAUCCUGGAUCAUGGCGUCUACAAAACGUCGAGCUAUUCUGGUUAUGUACCUCUUCAGCAGUGUGUAUAAUGCUGAUCAUUAUCUACCAAAUUUCGUUGCUGAAGAGCUACGAGAGGUCUAUGCACCGGAAAGCAGAUCAUUAUGGGAUGCCAUUGAUCGUGAAGCAUGGACCAAAGAGUAUGACCGUCACUUGCUUGAUUGGGAGGAUGGAAUGCUGGAGAUUUCGGAGUUGUGGAGAUCAGUAGAGACAUCUUCUCCCCAGCGGCGAAAGAGGAUAGAGCGCUGGGUACAGACAGUAGACGAAUUCGGGAUGAUGAUAUUCGCCGUUUGUGCUCAUAUCCACGGAUGUUGA